AAAAAACAAGGCUUCUUAAACCCUAAUUCUCCCGCCGGCCGGUCACUUGUCGCCAUUUUCACCUUCCUCUCCGGCUACUUCUUUAAGAUUACAAAAUAAGUCAGAAUUUUUCUGCGUAUUCCAAUCAGGAAAGUGAAGAAAAAUUCGAAUACUAACAAGAUUAAAAAAUCAAUUUCGUAAUUUUCAAUCUGACUUUGAAGAAAUGGAUGAAGAAAUGUCAAAUUCAGCGAGGCGAAUGUCAAUGCGAACUCGUAAGGUUGCUCCAAAAAUGGCUGCUGCUCUUGCAAGUUCUGAUAAUAGAACUCAGGCUAUGCUGGCGCGUCUUGAUGCAUUGGAAAGUGAUAAUGCAGUAGUGGAACAACAACCACUUGAUGAUGAUGAUGAAGCUUCUCUUGAUGAUGAAGAUCAAGUAUUUCAUAAGAAGUACCCAAAAGGCACAAAACGGAAAACACGCCAAGCUAAGGCACUUGAGAAUAAGAGAGCGCCCAAAACAUUCCUUGAGCUCUUGCAUGAGGCAAACCUGGAGUCCUUGCCACCCCAUGUGCCAACCUAUUCAAGAGCAGCAGUGGGACCACCAAGUUCCAUCUCUCGCCGUCAUUUCUGCACGGUUUGUGGUUUCUCUGCGAACUAUACAUGUGUGCAAUGUGGGAUGCGCUUCUGCUCAAUCAAAUGCCAGACCAUCCACAAAGAUACUCGGUGCUUGAAAUUUGUUGCUUGAUUGGUGAGAAUUGAAAACUAAAUGAAUUGGAUGGACAUCCUUAUCACAUGUUCGAGCCGUGGAAGCAGCCACUAAUGCUUGCAUUAGGGUAGGCUAUCUGUAUCACACCCCUUGGGAUCAGGCUCUUCCCUGGGCCCUACAUGAAUGCGGGAUGCUUCGUGCACUAGCUUCCUUUUUUUCUGAGUAGUCCUUUUGUCCUUUUUCUCCAGAGCACCAUUGUUUGAUAUUCAAGCUCCUGUCUGUCGUAUGUUAGUGUGAUACAUUAUAGAGCCUGAAAUGGAUUAUUUAAUUCACUCACUCUUCAACAAAUAAAUUCAGGAAAAAAUUCAUGUUUUUUUCCAGCUUUUAA